AAGAAUUAAUUAAUAAUCCAAAAUUGUUCUUGAGAAGAAUAUUGAUCUUUCCACAUUAAGUUCUGAAAAAUGCACAUCUCCUCUGAUGAUGCUCUAGUGAAGAAGAUAAUAGAAAUGAUGCUCGUACGAGCUAUCGAUAAUCCUUGCUCCAUUAUCUCUCCUUCUGCUUAUGAUACUGCAUGGGUAGCCAUGAUAGGCUAUCCAAAAGAUAAAUAUGAGCAACCAAUGUUUAGGCGUUGUUUACAGUGGAUUCUGAACAACCAAAACUCUGAAGGGUUUUGGGGAGAGAGAGAUUGCAAUGGAAAUCCUACCAUUGAUUCUCUUCCUGCAACCUUGGCUUGCAUGGUUGCAUUAAAGACGUGGAGUUUGGGCCAUGAGCACAUUGAGAAAGGAAUGACAUUUAUAACUGCAAAUUCAAUGAAGCUUCUUGAGCGCAAAGACGCACAAAAGAAGUACCCUCGUUGGUUUGCUAUAGUUUUUCCAGGAAUGGUUGAACUUGCACGACGUACAGGCCUGGAUGUCACGUUUGACGACAAUGUAGAAGAAGCUGUUGCCCAUGUCAUUCACCAACGCCAGGAUAUACUGAAAACGGAAGAAUUGGUGGAGAAGUAUCGUUAUCCUCCAUUGCUAUCAUGUUUGGAAGCACUGCCUCCCAAUCUAAUGGUUAAUAAUGAAGCUACACUCAGUAAUUUGAGUGGUAAUGGUUCCUUGUUCCGGUCACCCUCAGCCACUGCUGCCGCAUUUAUGGCCACCCGAAACAAUAAAAUGUUGGCCUACCUGUGUUCUCUCGUGCGGAGUGGUAAUGGCGGAGCCGUUCCUCCAAUGUAUCCCAUCGAUCAGAACUACAUGAACAUGCAUAUGGUCAAUCAACUGCAAAGACUGGGGAUGUCAAAGCAUCUCCCUAAUCAGGUUAUUAGUGAAAUAUUAGAACACAUCCACAGGGAAUAUAAUGUAGAAGAUCCAUCACAAACAUGCAACUUAAUACCAGAAAUUAUUUACAAGAGCUCCUUAGCUUUUCAACUUCUUCGGCUACAAGGAUAUAAAGUUUCUCCAAGGAGCUUUUGUUGGUUUCUUAGUGAUGAAUAUGCUCUUAAACAUAUUGAAGAAAACUAUGAGAAGUUUGCAAGCACGCUUUACAAUCUUUAUGGAGCGACAAAUCUUAUGUUCAAAUCAGAGGUAGAGCUGCAAAAAUUGCGAUCAUUUACAAGAACAUUGCUUGCAAAAUCAACUCUGAGUCAAGAUAUAGAUGAAGAUUGUAUAAUGUUGUCGCCACAUCUUCAAGAGAAGAUUAAGUAUGAACUUGCUAUUCCUUGGCUGGCCAGAAUGGAUCAUUUGGAGCACCGAAAUCAGAUUGAAGCUGCAACCAAAGAGAGCCCUCUUUGGUUAGGAAAAUGCUCAUACUUUAGAAUCUCAUGUCUAGAUGAUGAGGAUUUGAUUCAACUUGCAAAAGAAAACUAUGAGCUUCGACAAAAGGUUUACGAGAAAGAAUUGGAGGAGCUCACAAGGUGGGCUAAGAUAUGUGGUCUUAUGGACAUGGGGUUUGCUCGAGAGAAAACUACAUAUUGCUACUUUGCCAUUGCAGCCUCAACAACAUCGAUUCCUUGUGACUCUGAUGUUCGAUUAAUUGUCGCGAAAAGUGCUGUGCUUAUAACCAUUUUCGAUGACUAUUUUGACAUGGAGGGCUCACUUGAUGAACUAAAAAUGCUUGCAGAAGCCGUACAAAGUUGGAAUAACAAAGGCUUGAAGAAUCCUAGCAAGAUCCUUUUCGAUGCACUGGAUAAUUUUGUGAGGGAGAUCGCGCAAAAGUACUUUGAUCAAAAUGGAAUCGACAUAACUCAAUAUAUUCGGAAUAUAUGGAAGGAAGUGAUUGCUUCGUGGCUAACGGAAGCAAGAUGGAGCAAAACAGGGGAAAUUCCUUCAAUUGCUUCUUACAUGGAAACUGGAUCGAUAUCGAUAGCUGCACAUUUAAUCGUUCUUCAAGCUUCAUGCUUUCUAACACCGAGCUUACCUCCUCACAAACUUAAUCCUUCUAAUUAUGAAGAUAUCACUCAACUUCUCAUGAUUUCUUGUCGUUUAUUGAAUGACCUACAAAGCUAUGAGAAAGAGGUUAAGGAUGGCAAGAUCAACUCAAUAUAUCUGUACAUGAGAGAAAAUCCAUCUGCUAAAAUAGAAGAUGCAAUCGGUUACGUCGAAAAUUUACUUCAAGAAACCAAGAUGAAGCUACUUGAGCAUGCAUUGAUGGAUGACUAUGAUGCUGAAUUACCGAAGCCCUGCAAAAUGCUCCAUCUAACCGCACUGAAAGUGUUCCAAAUGUUCUUUAACUCGGGAAACCAUUUCGACUCGAAGGAUUCGCUACUUGAUGACAUCAACAAGGCUAUAUUUCUUCCAUUAGAACCUCUUAAGUCCCCAUCACCGAACUCUCACCCAAAGAAAAUUCUUAAAGUGAACAAUUUACUUGACAAAAUUAGCAUGAAAUACCAUUGGAGGAGGCUACAGUUAAGGAUCCAUUGUGUACCUUUUGUCACCGGAUCAUUAGGAGGUCUUCAAGUUCAGAUGAAAGUUUCACCAAAUUUGAAAUCAUUAGCAAACUGA